CACGAAACCAGAUUCCCACGAGCAUUUCUCUCUUCUCUCUCUCUCUACAUAGCUAGAGCUCAGUUAUCUCAUAAGAUUCAAAUGCCGUCCGAGAUACAGCAGCCGUCCAGAUCGACGGCGUCCGGAGGAUCUCGGCGAGACUCCAGCCCGGACUCUUUGAACUUCACACCGGAAUCAAAUCUUAGCUUCUUUUCCUCCGCCUCCGUCAGCGUUGAUCGCUGCUCUUCAACCUCCGACGCUCACUACCGCGACUCUCUUGUCUCCGCUCCCUCCCUGGAGCGAGAUCAACGGGUAGAUCCAGACAAGCGUGGAACAGGUUGUAAGAACAGUCGCAAUUCUAGAAAAUCAAUUAAAGUUAAAGCAUGGAAACAAGAGUUUAUGGUCAACAAAGAAGAUGAAAUUCAGAAUCUUGACUCAGCAAGAAGUUCUUUCUCUAUAGCUCUUAGAGAAUGCCAGGAAAGAAAAUCAAGAUCUGAGGCUCUGGCGAAACAGCUAGACAACCAAAGAGCUACUUCAUUGGAUCUCAGUAGUAGUUAUGUAACCUCUUCAUCUCCACGAGUUGUAACUGUUAAGAGAAGUUCAGUUUCAACUAAUAAAUCGAGCGUGUUUCCUAGUCCUGGUACUCCGACUUAUAAUAUGCAAAAGGGUUGGAGCUCAGAGCGUGUAGCGUUAGGGAGAAGUCCACCAAACGCUGCGUUUUUACCUUUAUAUAGUGGUAGAACAGUUCCUUCCAAGUGGGAAGAUGCUGAGAGAUGGAUACUUAGUCCUCUUGCUAGAGAAGAAGCUGCUCGAACUUCGUUUACAGCGUCGCGGAGGCCUAAGUCAAAGAGUGGUCCAUUAGGUCCUCCAGGACUUGCGUAUUACUCCUUGUAUUCUCCUGCUAUACCUAUGGUUCAUAAUGGGAACAGAAGCUCUCCGUUUUCAACUCGUGUGUUGCCGCAAAACGGCUCUACUGCAGCUGCAUUUUCUCAAAGAAGCGAUCAUUGCAUGGCUAGAUCAGUUAGCAUUCAUGGCUGCUCUCAAAAUCUUACACCACAAGAUGACAUACAUGAAAGUAUUAAGGACUCGGCUGGUGAUGCUCGAGCUGUCUCAAGAAGGGAUAUGGCCACACAGAUGAGUCCCGAGGGAAGCAUCCAUUUAUCUCCUGAGAGAGAUUGUUCGUUAUCUUCCUCCUCUCCGACAGCAAGAUCAAUUGUCGAACUACUGAAUGCUCGUGUCAACAGAGCAGAAGUCAAGGACUUACAGGCUGAUGAGAAGGUAACUGUAACUCGUUGGUCAAAGAGGCAUAGAGGUCUGUACCAUGGAGAUAGCUCAAAAUUGCGGGACCACUUACAUGGAGAAGAUAGGAAUCCUCAAGGCUUGACAUGGGCGAAGACCGAGGAAGCCAGAAUCAUAUCUUGGCAAAAUUUGCAGAAAGCUAAGGCAGAGGCAGAAAUAAGAAAGCUCGAGAUGAAGUUAGAAAAGAAAAGGUCAUCGUCAAUGGCGAAAAUAAUGAGAAAAGUGAAGUCAGCAGAGAAGAAAGCAGAGGAGAUGAGGAGGUCAGUGUUAGAAAAUCGAGCUCCAAGAGCAUCACGUGGCAGGACUUUUAUCUUUCAGAAGAAGAUGGCUUCCUUUAGUGGUUGUUUCACCUGCCAUGCUUUUUAGUAAGACGGUGAAACGACUCUUCACUCAUGCGAAAUAUAUGAUUUUUGUAUUCUUGCCUGUAAUACUUUGAUCGUUGUAGCUGGUGAUUUUGAUGCAUGCGCUCACAUAUAUGUUGUUAGGUUGUAAAUCUGAGGGAUGAGUCUACCCCUUUCCAUCUUUGUGACUCUUUGGUUGUUAGAGGUGAAUUGAUCCCUUGAGAGGACCAAAUCCGAUAUACAUCAUCGUUUGAUCAUGUUAAUGUUGUAAGCUUUUCUAGUUUCCGAGUUUUUGAGAAAAUGUCUUUGUAAUUAGUGAUGCC